CCCAACCCACUUCCUCUCUGUCGCCCUUUGCUCCAAACUGUAUAUGAAGAAGUUUUUUACUUACUGUACACACAUCUCCUGUAGCCCGAGCAACAUCAUUCAGGACGGAUGGACAUGUCUGGGCGAGUCUCAGCCAGCUGGACUGACUGCCCUGCUGCUGGCCAGGGGGUCUAUCGCUCUGCUUUUGGAGGGCGUUUCUUCUCAAAACAUAUACAUGAACGCUCAGGCCCAUGCAGUUGUGAGAGGAACUGCAGAAGUUACUGUUGGAGCACCCGGGUUGGUGGAGAUGAUCGAUACCUACGACCGGCCUGGUUCAGCUGUUGCUCUUGGUACCUAUGCAGAUGCCGGGGUAUAUGCAGAUGGUUUUGAGGAUAAACCUGGGAAGCGGAUUCCCAAGGCAGGAGUGUACGCUGGUGCAGGAGUGGGAUUGGCUCGUGCUGAAUGGAGCAUUUUUGAAGCUGAGGCCAAAGGGCCCAACGCCAGCGCUGGAGUAGGAGCCUCGGCGGCCUCUCUCAGUGCCAGAGCCUUUGCCAAAGCAGAAGUGGCCAGCGCUUCAGCCGCUGCAGGUCCGGUGAAAGCCACGGUCGGUCUGGCAGUAGACACCGGCGUCGGUGUCGGUCCGACAGGUCUAGAGGCAAAGGUGCUGGGAACCGGCGUCUCCAUCGGCCGUAAUACGGGUGUGUCUUUUCUUGGCACUGGGGUUGAAUUCAACUUCUAG